UGUAGCCUCAUUUUCCUCUCAAACCAUCAUCACUUCUUUUGCAUUGUGUGGAAACUUCAAGUUUUUUCUCUUCUUCUUCCCUAAGUAACAAACUUUCUCCAAACAGAUUAUAAGAAAAUCAUAUCUCAGCAAGAACUAAGAUGAAGUUUCCGGUUGUACAAUUUUGUAUCAUCUCUUUGCUCCUCACAUCUUCUUUAUUCAUGCUCUCUACCGCCGAUUCAUCAUGUGAUGGAAAAUGCAAUGUGAGAUGUUCAAAGGCAGGGAGACAAGAUCGGUGUCUCAAGUAUUGCAAUAUAUGCUGCGAGAAGUGUCAUUGUGUACCUUCGGGAACUUAUGGACACAAAGAUGAAUGUCCUUGUUACCGCGAUAUGAUGAGCUCCAAAGGCACACCCAAAUGUCCUUGAACAUGUUCAGAAGAUGAUUAUCUUUACAUUUUACAUACAAAAAAUAUUAAGAUUGUGGUUGAUGCAUAUAUAAUAAUAAGCUUGAAAUACUCCUUCAUGUAUGAAAGUGUGAGAGAUCUUGCCAAUAAAAUGAAAUAAUAUAUUUUCAAAAUAUGUGUAAAGUUUUACGUAUAUCAAUGACUCCAUGUAUGAACUA